GUAAACGAAGGCACAGGCUUUGGGGGCUGCGGUCCAUGUUCAGAACACCACCUGGGUGGGGCAAGUCAAAAGCAAGCUCCCUGUGGUUCUUAAGAAUCCUUUUCCCCCCAUCACACCAAACCCAUUCUUAAAAAAUGUGUUACUGGAAGUGUGCGGUAACUGAGAGGCUGUGCCCAGUCUCGGGGGAGCACUGGCUGUGCCCCAUGCCAGGAACGGUUAGCAGCCUCCAGUAUCGAUGGCCUCUGCUGCCCAGAGUGAUAGGCUGCGUUGUGUUUCCAGCUUCCAGGAGUCCCUCUCCAAAGCCCUGGAUGCUUAUGAAGCAAAGGAAGACGCAGCCAUUCAGAAGGCUGCAGCGCACAUCCGAGAAGUGGAGCAGAAGAGACAAGAGAUGGUUCGGGCCAUCUUAGAGCCACAGAGAGCAAGCACGCUAGGUGAUGGAACCACCGCUGUCAACACCUUUGCAGGGAAUUUAAGUGAUUCUCCUUUUGCUAUGGAAGAGCAGGAGCAGCCUGGGCCAAGCAGGAGCACCACCUUUCUUAGAGAGGAGCCUACCUGUGCCAGCCGAACAGCACCUGAGCUACACUACCUGGAAACAGGGCAGCCCUUAACUUUCAUUGGCCAUCAGGAAACAGGAGGGGAGGGCAACAUUCACACAGGAGCAAAACCCCCCUGGCUGAUGAGUGAAGAGGAGGAAGGUGAAAGGCAGAUUGGACCCUCAUAUGAAGAAUUUCUUAAGGAAAAACAGAAACAGAAGCUGAAAAAGCUCCCUCCCAACCGCGUUGGGGCCAACUUUGACCACUCCUCCCAGACAGGAGACAGCUGGCUUCCCUCCUUUGGCCGCGUCUGGAAUCAAGACAUCAGUUCAAAGCUGAAUCCGGAAAUAAGCAGCCCGGCCCUAAGAGGAAAAGGCCUCAAACCAACUGAAAGGCCUGCAUCUCCAAGAGAGCUUGGCAAAAUUCACAGCACAUUGACCGAAAGAGAGAGCAGAGACCUCAGAGCAACUCCCUGCGGAAGUCCAGCUGUUGCUGUGAAAGGAAGGCUUUGUGGUAGCUGUGAUGAAACAGAGCUUUGCAACUUGGUGUACAGCAUCUUUAUGUCUCUUGUUAAGGAUGUGGGAUUGUAUUAAAAGUACACAUUGUUUUGCUAAAAACUACAGUUGCCAAUAAAUGUACCGCUACUACAAAACAUUAACGACGAAGUAUAUUUGUGUAAGAUUCACAAAGCAAACAUGAGACUGCAGAAGGCACAGCAGUAAAAGUUAGGAGCUUAUCUAUGGCUUUCUGCCUAUCCCUUGCUUAUUGAAGUUGCUUCAAGCUUGCUUAGAAAGAAAGACGAGCUCACAUACUUGCACCGCCCACACCAUCAGUGUUACAUACCCACCAGUGUUACAUACCCAAAUUCUGCACAAAUCC